GAGUUUUGUAAAAUGCUCGUAAAUGACGUUGAGAGUGGAAUACCUAAUAUUUGAUAACAGUUUGGUUGUUAGUCACUUGUUCAGUGCACAGAUGUCUUAUUUUCUUUUUCUAUUAAAAUUUUAUAAUCCUGUUAGUCUUUAAUAUCAGAGAUGUUAUAUUUUCUGGUUUAGGUAGAUGUGAUAGAAUCUCAAUGGACAGUUUUGCAAUCCCACAUUCAAAAUUCUCAUGACUUCGCUGAACUUGUGGGUUCCCAUCAAGAGUAUUUAUCAGCCUUGUUUUCUCAGUCUUUCUUGGACAUUGGGUCAGUGUCAAGGAUUCUGGGAAGUAUCAUGAUGCUUUGCCUUCAGUUCUGCAGGAACAUUGAGAAGCAAGAAAGCAGUGAAAACACAACUGAACUAGAACGGAUAACAGAGGAAUUUAACAAGAAAUCCAAUUCCUUGUAUACCAUACUGCGGAGUAGAAGGCUUGGUGGAAGCCAGCGAGCUCCGUUUCUAAGACGUUUCCUUCUGCGUAUGAAUUAUAAUUCCUUCUUUGAGGCAACCGCAAGGGGUGUGCUGAAUGUUGUUAGACCACGCCCAUCCAAUCACAAUAGCAUCUAAUAAUAUCAAAUUCAUUAUCUUUUGAUAACUGCAUGUUGACUGCACUGCCUACGCUUCACU